CAGUCUGAAGUGGCUGGUGAUGAAGAUGUAUUUGAACUGUCACAGCAGAAUGAAGAUCAGGGCGCUCUGGUAACAUCUAAUGCAGAACAAGAGAUGGUUUCAUCAUCAUCACAAUCAUCCCAACAAAGUAUCCCAGAUGAAGAAAUCAGUAUCUCGUCCGACGAGGUAGAGGAACAGCAACGGAGAAGGCAGCUACUGAACAAUACCAUUAGCAGUUUAUCUGGAGGAAGAAUUUCACCCAUUCUGUCAAUUUUGAAUACGUCUUGGGAUGAUAUAUCGACAACACAGCAAAAGUACUAUUUGCGAAAGGCCAAAGAAAACAUCUGCACAGCACUUUCGGUCCUUAGCCCUGGACAGGAAGAGGAAUUAUGGACCACUCUUCGACAGGAAAGA